CCCCCCCCUUUCGCCCUUGAAUUCUAGGUUGACUGUUUUAUUGUGCUUAAUUUUAGCCCUUGGUCUUCCCCCCCCCGUUAGACCAAUUACAUAGGUGGUUAGUCGGAACCACCCCUUUUAUCCCAAAAAAGCCUCUCGGCCGUCGAUCCUGCACGUUCUCAUUAAACCUCCGUUCAAUCUGGUCUCUUCUGUUGGCCGUCCGACCCGAAAGACAGCAAGACUUGACUCUUCCUUGCCUUCUUCGACUUUACGAUUCCCAAGUUUCACUUUCAAACCUCAUCAUCCGAUCGUGUCAUCGUCCCGAGUGAACGGCGACCACAUCCCACUUCCGAGUGCACAUGCCAACAGUCGCCGAUCGAACCGUUGACCAUUGAGCACCACCGCGGCUGGGACGACGGUUGCGGUUUCAGAAUUUCUUUCGGCCACCUCGCAAAGAGCCAUGGAGGAACCGCAGUCUAUGGACGAAGCCCUGUCGCUGCCCGUUCGCGCCUCGUCGCCAUCACCGUCCGUUCCCGCAACGCCGGCCAUUUCUUCAUACUCCUCCCCGGACCGCACCUUCUCCUCCGUUUCCUCCCACUCCGCCUCCUCGGCGACCUCGAACGAUGCCCGCUCCACGAUCUCGACUUCGUCUCGCAGACAUGGAUACGUGCGCGCGUGCGGGGCCGAAUUCGCCGACUCGGCGCGGCAUCGCGACAGCGUCAUGAGCCUGGGCAGUAUCGCCCACCUACAGUACUACUUUGCCCGCACGGGUCUGUUGGACGGAAAGACAGGCCGAGGCAAAGAGUUUAAGAAGAAGACUAGGGGUAAUGUGCCGCGGGUGCUCAUCACGCCGAAUGAGCAGCAUAUGGAGGAUUUGGUGGCCAGCCCGACGGAGAUGGUGGACGAGGCGGAGGAAGAGGCUAAUUACGAGGACGAGGAGGGAGAGGUGAUGCUACCCCCCACCGUCAGUACAUACAGCAUUAAAACCCACCACGUCCCUCCUCCGCCCGACGUGGUCUCCUUACGCCGCGAUCUGCAAGUCGCACUGGAUAGAGCCGAGAGUAAUAUCGAGGCUAUUGAGAAUGGCGUGGAACCUCCACCCCGCGCACCAAUACGUACCAGUCUCUCCCCCGGUGAUAUCCCCGAGGGCUCAGAUGACGAUACCGUGCGAGAAGCGCCAGCACCGCAAACUAAGGAAGAGGCACAGGGCAUGUGCAUUCUGGAUGAUGUGACGAUGGCUAUUCGAGCCGCCAAGAUCUACUAUACCGCCCACCCACACCCCGAACGCCUGGGUUCAAUCAAGAGUGAACGGGACAUUCGCAAAGACCUGCUUCAUGUCCUUGAUGUACUGAAACGCUGGGCGGCACGACACUUUGCCUGUGGUCUUCGCGAUGAAGAGCGCGAUGUGAUCAAGGGCUGGAUUGCGGGUGUCCGCACCAUGCUAGUUCGAGAGAAAACCCUUGAAGACCUGGAGGCUCAGGAGCGAGAGAAUUGGGACUGGGCCCGUGGCGACUGGUCCGGACGGGAGCGAGCCCGUGAGGAGUCUUUCCUUCGUAGUCUCAUGCCCGGUGGCCAUACGUUGCCCGAAUGGACGGCCAUCGAUGAUACACCGUUGGACUCCCUCCCAUCCCCGUUCCUGGAGCGUUUCCGAGAUGGCCGUAUCCUGGUUCAGUUGCAUAACAUCGCAGUCAAGAAGUCGAAGCGUCACUUUGGGGAGAUCAAGGCCUACCAUGAGGAUAUCGCCAAGCCCUAUCGCCAAGCGGAGAAUCUACGAUUCUGGCUCAAAGCUGCCGAGUUGCGGUGGGAGAUGCGGAAGCAGGUGGACGUUAUGGGGGUGGUUCAAAACACUAGCGAAGUGGCCUGGAGGCAAUUCGACGCCGCACUGUUGGCCUGGUGCAAGACGGUGCGUGAGGAGCUGGUACGAGAUUGGAUGGAGGCCAACCCGGGACGACCCCCGAGUGCCGGUCUGAUUUAAAUGAGGGUUUGUAGACGGGAGAGGAAGAGUUUACGAGUUGCAUUUCGGCCUUGACAUCACGUUGUUGUCGUUCUAUUUAGUUAUUUAUUUUUUACCUCCAAGGGCACUUGGCUAGAUACCCCUGAAUUGUCUCCGACAGCCUUUGCCCACUUUCGCAUUUGGUGUUGGCUAUUGGUUGAUUUUGUCAUUAUCCGAUUGUUGGUUUAGUUCGGAAUUUCGCUGCAUACUGUUUUGAUCAAGGUUUGCGUCUAGAACGGAGAAGUCUGUGGAUAGCGAAUACAGUAUGAUUGUAAUAUUUAUAGGAAA